UUAGGUUUGAAGUGAUAAACAUUAUGAAUAAUUAUAACUGGAAUAUAAAGCAAUAUUUGUCUGAAUUUUGUCAUUUCGUUGGUGAGAAUCCCGGGGCCGACGCCGACGUCAACAUAUUGUUUACGGGGCAGACUCUCUGGUGGAUAAAAGAUGGUCACUAUAACACCAAAGUGAAGGGCUUGUCAUAUGUGGGACAGACCUGUAAUCCUGACUAUUCGUGUAUAAUAGUUGGCGCUCGCGAUGGCUUCAAAUCGCUUGAGAUAUUAGUCCACGAAUUCGGACACAAUAUGGGCGCUCAACACGACGGUGAAGAAGAUUAUGGCACUGAGAGCUGUGAUGGAGAUAAUUAUAUAAUGUCUCCCACUGUUAGUGUCGGUAAGAAUAUGUGGUCCGACUGUACUCUCAAGAGUUUUCGCAAAUAUCUAAUGUCUUUGGAGAAAAAUAAGGAGAGUCUCAAAAUAAAAUGCAUGUCUAAAGUUACAACUGCUGUCAGUAAUGACCUGUCGAUUGUGGACAACAAAUUGCAAAUGAAUUCAGCUGUGAGUCUGGAUAGACAAUGUCAAUUGGCUUUAGGACCCAAAUAUGUUUACCACGAUGAUGGAAGUAAUGUGUGCGAAAAGAUCACCUGUAAAGACGACUUCUUUGCUUUGAAAACAUGGGGUGCUUUGGAUGGCACCAAAUGUGGCCCAAAUAGCGAGUGUCUAAACGGUCGGUGUCGGAGGGGUUCACAACUAUUAUUGCCAGAAGUGUACACA